UUUAGAUCCAUUCACCAUUUCCAGCAUCCAUUUUCUCCUCUCCGUUCUUGAAUCCCACAUCCCAUCUCGAUAACCAAGCUCAUAUGGAAGGAGGACGAGCCGGAGUGCAGCCUGCCGACACCGAGAUGGCCGAGGCAGCCCAGCAACCCGACCCACAACACCCGCAGCAGCAUCCGGCCCCGCAAACGGUAGCCGGCGGGAUGGAGAGUAUUCCGGCUACGCUUAGCCACGGUGGCAGGUUCAUACAGUAUAACAUAUUCGGGAACAUGUUCGAGGUCACUGCCAAAUACAAGCCCCCCAUCAUGCCCAUCGGCAAGGGCGCCUACGGCAUCGUCUGCUCGGCUUUGAAUUUUGAGACAAAUGAGCAUGUGGCGAUAAAAAAGAUUGCAAAUGCAUUUGAUAACAAGAUAGAUGCAAAGCGAACACUUCGUGAGAUAAAGCUGCUUCGACACAUGGAUCAUGAAAACGUAGUUGCAAUCAGAGAUAUAAUACCACCACCACAGAGGGGAGCUUUUAAUGAUGUUUAUAUUGCAUAUGAGCUCAUGGACACUGACUUGCAUCAGAUAAUUCGAUCAAAUCAAGCUUUAUCAGAAGAGCACUGUCAGUAUUUCCUGUACCAGAUCCUACGGGGAUUGAAAUAUAUACACUCUGCAAAUGUUCUUCACAGAGACUUAAAACCUAGCAACCUUCUCCUCAAUGCCAAUUGUGACUUGAAAAUAUGUGAUUUUGGACUAGCUCGUGUCACCUCUGAAAGUGAUUUUAUGACAGAAUAUGUCGUAACAAGGUGGUACCGUGCACCAGAAUUGUUGCUCAAUUCUUCAGAUUACACCGCAGCUAUUGAUGUGUGGUCAGUGGGUUGUAUUUUUAUGGAAUUGAUGGAUCGGAAGCCUUUAUUUCCUGGUAGAGACCAUGUGCAUCAGCUCCGCUUGCUUAUGGAGCUGAUUGGCACCCCUUCGGAGGCUGAAUUAGGGUUCUUAAAUGAAAAUGCUAAGAGGUACCUUAGGCAACUUCCUGUUUAUGAACGACAGUCUUUCACUGAAAAGUUUCCAAAUGUCCACCCGUUAGCCAUUGAUCUUGUUGAGAAGAUGUUGACUUUUGAUCCCAGACAGAGGAUUACUGUUGAAGGCGCCCUAGCUCAUCCGUACCUGAAUUCACUCCAUGACAUCAGUGAUGAGCCUGUUUGCAUGACCCCCUUUAGCUUUGACUUCGAGCAGCAUGCAUUAACUGAGGAGCAGAUGAAGGAGCUCAUAUAUCGAGAGGCUCUCGCAUUCAACCCUGAGUAUCAGCAGCAGUGAACGAGCACACACUAGCUAUUCCUUUAGCGUGGCUUUGAUCAGUGUGGUUUCGUUUCUCUGUUUAAGCUAAUUGUUUCUCUGUGUAUACAUGUGUCUCCCAUCUGAGAAAGAGGUGCCCCUUGAAUUUAAAAUAUAUUUGGUUACCCGCAGAAUGCAGGGACCAAGACAAGUUGUAAUGUUGUUUGUAUCGUUUGUUUUAAUUUUCGUUGUUAUUAUUGACUGCUCCUCUCUAACAUGGUUGAGGGAUGUGAAACUAAGAUUUAAUGACAUGAAAAUGGGAAAUCAAUCCAUGUCCCAUCU